AUGCAUAUGAAACAUUUUCCAACUAAUAGCCUACUACUACUAGGUCCCUUAUUUGUACUCGCUACAGAUUUUGCAUUAACCCGAUUUUCGCUGACAGGAAGUGCAAAGAAGUUAGCUCGCAAGACUACAAGCUCAUCUCCAUCAUCCAGUUAUCUCCCAUCUUAUAACCCAAGGGCAUAUAGAUCCAGCUGGAUUCAGGAAUGGGAGGAGUCAAAAGGUAAAUAA